GGGGCGGUCCGACCUGUCACAGUCAGGAAAAGGUCAAACACUUGCAGCCAGGUGUUGUAGACAAAAAGUGAGCGUUUGCCUGGAAAAUACCUGUUAACUUACAAUCUAUUGGAGGUGGUUUUAGUCUCAAAUACACCAUGUACCGAUAUCUGGAUCCUGGCAACACCAUGAUCUAAAUAAUAUGUUUGUGAUGUAAUGGAAACAAGCGCAACAGACACGACACAGGAAGAGAGCUUCUAGACCGACAUGAGGAACUUUACACAUCGGCAAUGAGGCAACAAAUUCUGAAGUACAUCUGGACAGGACAGCUACAAUGGCAGAGAUAUGGAUUCGUCUGUGUCCUGCUUACAGUGUCAAUCAUCGUCACAGGCAUAAUUACUGGCUGGAAGAAUGAGGGCGACAUCUUCGACAUGGAACCCUACGUUCAGAUGACCGUGGGUGACCAGAAACGUGCCGAACAACCCCCCGGCUCGACCAAUUAUUGCACAGAGACGGAUCCAUCUAGGCCUCUCAGUCCGGUGCCAUGGGAGGACCCCGGCCCGUACCACGUCGCCUACCCACGCAACUACCGCUUCAUCAUGGACGAGCCAGGCGUGUGUGAGACCAAGUCCCCUUUUCUGGUACUCAUGGUUCCGGUGGCGCCCCACAACCUGGCUGCCCGGGACGCCAUCCGGAGGACGUGGGGGAACGAGACGCUGGUCCGGGGCCAGCUGGUGCUGACCCUCUUCCUGCUCGGCCUCCCUGGGGGCUCGGACGCUGAGCAGCAGCUGGAGAACGUCAGGCAGGAGAGCCGGACGCACCGCGACCUGAUCCAGAGCGACUUCACGGACAGCUACAUCAACCUGACCAUCAAGACCAUGGUCAUGCUGGAGUGGCUGAGCUCCCGCUGCCCCGGCGCCUCCUACGCCAUGAAGAUCGACUCGGACAUGUUCCUGAACCUGGAGAACGUCAGGCAGGAGAGCCGGACGCACCGCGACCUGAUCCAGAGCGACUUCACGGACAGCUACCUCAACCUGACCAUCAAGACCAUGGUCAUGCUGGAGUGGCUGAGCUCCCGCUGCCCCGGCGCCUCCUACGCCAUGAAGAUCGACUCGGACAUGUUCCUGAACCUGGAGAACGUCAGGCAGGAGAGCCGGACGCACCGCGACCUGAUCCAGAGCGACUUCACGGACAGCUACCUCAACCUGACCAUCAAGACCAUGGUCAUGCUGGAGUGGCUGAGCUCCCGCUGCCCCGGCGCCUCCUACGCCAUGAAGAUCGACUCGGACAUGUUCCUGAACGUCCACAAUCUGGUGACGAUGCUACUCGACGCGCCCCGGGAGAACUACAUGACGGGCUUGGUGUGGUGGCACAGCCCGGUGCUGAGAAACCCCAACGAAAAGUUCUUCCUGCCCAAGGAGGUCAUCGCCGAGCCAGAGUACCCGCCGUACCCCCUGGGGCUGGGAUACGUCAUGUCCAUCGACAUCCCCAAGAAGAUCUUGGGGGUCUCCUGUCGGAUCAAGCCCAUCUACAUCGAGGACGCCUACCUGGGGAUGUGCCUGAAGCUCCUGGGCAUCUCUCCGACCGACCCGCCCAGCGUCGAGAUGUUCCAGGUCAAUCCCCGGUUCGCGCUACGGCGCUGCGCUCUGUCGCGGGUGGUUGCCGUGACAACGAAGGACGUGGCGCAGUUGCUGUGGUACUGGGAGGAGAACAGGAAGCCGGGCGUUCCGUGCCUGAGGUGACUAGGGCAGCACUUCCUGUUCUGACUCUUCAUAUUUGGCCUACUUUAAAAUAUGUUGCUGGCACGUGUGUUUGAGCUGUUUGAAUGAUUGCUUUUAGAGGGUAAUGGGGACAGUCUUUUGUAUUCAUAAAAAUAAAUAAAAAAAUUGUUGCAUACCUUUUGAUAGCCUAUGCUUUUGUCUAAGUUAUAAUACGUGCUCAUAUGAACUAUAGGAAAUACAAACACCUGGAAAGGGGAAUCUUUUCUGCCAGUGGAAAGACAUACUAUUGUGUUAAAAGCCUGUUUAAUACAAUAUCAGGCUGUUGAAUAAAGUGUGGGAGACAUUUAGUUUAAUAUUUUGUUUUAUUGCUCAUAUAAUAAAAAUUAAGGCACACAGGCA